UAGUUAUUUGUAAACACGGAAGUUACGUGACUUGACUCCUCAGUCUCAUGUGCUGUAGAAAACUUUGGCCGGCUAGCUAUCACAGGAAUUUCCUAUAAGCAUUUUGUUCUAAAUGUUUAUCAGACAGACAAAGAGAGUGUAGGAAUGUUUUUGUUGUCGGAAAAUGCACGGCGGCUAGUGUUAGCUAGAUAGCUUAGCCCGUUAGCUUAGCUUUGUGUGAAAGGAGAUAUGGCAGAUAAAGUGGAGAAAACGUUUAAGUUUGUGAUCGUGGGAGGUGGCAUCGCGGGUGUGACAUGUGUUGAGCAGCUGUCAUCCCAGAUUCCGUCAGCUGAGGUGGCUCUGAUCACAGCAGGUCCUCAUAUUAAAGCAGUAACCAACUACAAACAGGUGUCGAAGAUGCUGGAGGAGUUUGAUGUGGAGGAGCGACCGGCCAGUGUACUGGAGGAGAAAUUUCCCAACCUGACUGUCAUCCACUCUGCUGUCAAAUCACUUCACACACAAUCACACUCUGUGGAAACUGCAGAUGGUCGGAUUUUUGGUUAUGAGAAGCUGUGUAUCUGCAGCGGAGGCAGACCUAAGCUCCUAACUCAGGAAAACCCUUAUGUGCUGGGGAUACGUGACACAGACAGUGCACAGGAGUUUCAAAAGCGGUUAUCCAAAGCAAAGAGAAUUGUUGUUGUUGGAAAUGGUGGAAUUGCCUUGGAAUUAGUGUAUGAGGUGGAAGGCUGUGAGGUGAUCUGGGCUGUGAAGGACAAGGCCAUAGGAAACACGUUUUUUGAUGCAGGAGCAGCCCAGUUCCUCAUCCCGUCACUGGAGGCUGAAAAACCAGAGAGAGCUGCUCCCUGUAAGAGGCCUCGCUACACCACAGAGGAACCAGCAGCUGGAGCGUCGCACACCUUCACUGCAGAUCGAAAUAUGCAAGGGCGCAGUUCUGGUCCUACAGAGCCUGGUAGUGCCCUCGGUCCAGACUGGCAUGAAGGAAUAGCUCUCCAUGGAGCAGAGCAGGUGUCUCGCAGAGUUUCAGUGGAAUACCAGUGUGAGGUGGAAAAGAUCUUCACCUCUGAGGAGCUGCUCAAUUCCCAACAGCAAACACUCAGACCUGAGAAUGUAGGUUCCUGGCCAGUUUAUAUCCAGCUGACCAAUGGCAAGACAUUUGGCUGUGAUUUUAUUGUCAGUGCCACCGGUGUCGUGCCAAAUGCUGAGCCAUUUCUCUAUGGCAACAAUUUUGCACUUGCAGAUGAUGGUGGCUUGCAGGUAGAUGACCACAUGAUGACAUCAGAGCCAGAUGUCUAUGCCGCAGGUGAUGUGUGCACUGCAUGCUGGGAACACAGCCCACUGUGGCAGCAGAUGCGUUUGUGGACCCAGGCCCGUCAAAUGGGCUGGUAUGCAGGCCGCUGCAUGGUGGCGGACAUCCUGUCAGAACCAAUAGAACUGGACUUCUGCUUCGAGCUCUUCUCUCACAUCACCAAAUUCUUCAACUACAAGGUGGUCCUGCUGGGAAAGUUUAACGGGCAGGGGCUGGGGCCCGAUCACGAGCUGCUGGUCCGCUGCACCAAAGGCCAGGAGUAUGUCAAGGUGGUUCUCAGUGGAGGCAGGAUGGUGGGAGCGGUGCUGAUCGGGGAAACAGACCUGGAGGAGACUUUUGAGAACCUGAUCCUCAACCAGAUGGAUCUCACGCCAUAUGGAGAGGAGUUGCUCAACCCCAAUGUUGAUAUAGAGGACUACUUUGACUAAGCACCAGGGCUAUGACUGAGACUUUGGAGAAUGUUAAGCAUUAAAAACUGUAAAGUCAUGCAGGGCGGAGGAAGUCAUGCCUGAAGAAUGUCUAGAGUGACAGGGGGAGGAGUUCUGCAUUCUGUCAUGUCAUGGGUGUGUCAGGAGAGAUGAUCUUGGUUCUUAUGAAUGCUGUUGUAAAUUUAAGAAUCUAUUUUUGCUUCAAAUUAUUUUCAAAACCCCUUAUUCUAAAGUACUUGAGUGAUAUGUUUAGAAAAGGUGGUUUCACUCAGUGGUAGCAUGAAUGCAAAUCUCUCACAUCAUAAAUUUAAAUGACAAGCAGCUCCGGAUAAGAGACAUUGACAGAGUCGUGGGUGAAUGUGAAAUACAAUAACACUGUUUUGAUAGGCAAACACAUUUCUUUGCACAGAGGAACUGGAUAUGUUCAGAGAUACUUGCUAGUAAAAAAGGAAAAUCCUCUCGUUGCCGUGUUGUCUUAGUGACUCUUUAUCAAGUUUCAACCUAAACAGCAACCACGGCCCCUCCUGUGCCUCCAUGGGCUUUAUAACAAUAGACAUUAUCAAGCUUGCACAUUGCUGUCCAUUGUUCCAAGGAGAUGUUGCUCUCAGGGAUGUUGCUAUUUUGAAAAUCCACUUUUGAAAGGACAAGAAACACUAGAAGUAGAAAGAGUUACCCACACAAAGAGAAUUUAAAUGACUAAAAUAAGCCAAUCUCCUAUCUCUUCUUGUGGGUUUGUGUUUUUUGGGUCACCUACAGGAACCCGCCCACAUCGGCUGGAAAAGGUUGAUAUGGCAACCUUGUGUUUUUACUUACUGAGUGUUAUGCAAAACAAGGAAAAACAAUGUGUGUGAAAGGCAGCAAUAAUUGUGCAAUAAGCCUCCUAACAGAGAGGGGUAAAUAGGAACAUGUUCCAGUUGUUUUGGCUAAUUUGUGUGUGGAAACAAGUCACGAGUCCCAUGUGGAGACUCGUGACAAAUAAGGGUAAUAAAUAUGAAUGAAGAAGCA